CAAAGAUUAUGCCAAAGGGUCCUUGGGUACUCCGCUAUCCUGAUUUGGAUUUCUUAGGAGUUUUGUAUACUUUGCGAGUAUCAAUAAAGAGCAGCGCCAAUUCGAGCUCAUAUUUGCGUCCCAAUCCCUCCAAGGGAAGCAAAACUCCACAUGGCUUUGGCUUAUGGUGUUCCGCAAAACCUUCUUUUGAAGAAAUCAAAUUCUUUGAUUGCUUUCCAGCUGAAGUCCUCGCUCUCUAACCUGUCUCAGAUACCUGUACAGAAGAGAUGCCUUAGGUGCAACACUCUUUACCAAGAUAAGGAUAAUUCUCCCCUUGCCUGCUCUUUCCACGGCCACAUCAAUGGAGAGAAAGGAUUGUUUUCAUUGGCUCCACCACACCAAGGGAUCGAUGGCGAGUGGAGUGACUGUAGUGGAGUGAUUGUUUACAAAUGGAACGACAAGGGGAACAGACCAAACACUGGUAGUGCUAAUUGGAAAAAGAGGUGGAGCUGUUGUUCUGAGUAUGAUGAGAAUGCACUCCCUUGUCGACGAGGAUGGAAUGUGUCCUAUGAUGAUGGGUUCACUCUUUACUAGCAGCAGCGGCAGCAGCCCAUGCCCAUUGCACAAUAAAUCAGAAGCUAAUGCUGUUUAUGUGUGUUUAAUCAUGUAUGUUUACUCUUGCACAGUGUCAUUCUCCUCUUAUCCAGUUUUCAUCACAAAUGUGCUUCAACUUUGAAUGCAUCUCAUUCCUGGAGUUGUUUUAUCCCUUGGAAGCAUUUUAGAUCCAUUCAUGCCUGAACCCCAUUUCCAAGCUUUGAAGCUGUGAAUUCAACAAUCACAUUCUGAAAGUGAAGAUCCCAACUGGCACAGAAGCAGAAGAUUCUUCAUGAAGGGAUCUCUACUUCCAUUAUCCCCACUUCUUUCCAUUGCUUGUACAACAUGAAUCUAUCUGUGUUCACUAGGAAUUACUAGCCUGGGAAGUGAUCCAAGAGGAGGUGAAUGACUGUGGGAGUUCACACAACUUUGAUGAAAUCUGAAGUCCAAAACACCAGCUACCAUCAAACAGUUGCUUACUUCAUUGAAAACUUAUCAUUCAAUGCAGUAAGCUUCCAUGACAGUACAAGGGAUAAAUCACAUUGCAGAGGAAGAGGCAUCUAUGUUUCUUAGAGUGAUCAUUAAGUCCCUCAUAAUGCAAAGAACAUUCAUAUUCCACCUAUUUAUCAAUUGAACAAGAGGUUUAUGUUAUGUACAUUUACAGUUUGUUCAUUGGAAUGGUAAGGCAUUUUGCAAAUAUUGAAUUGGAGGCUUCUUUUUUAGAGACUAAUAAAAUCAUCCAAUUCAUUGUCA